ACUGCAAGUUCACUUCGAAGUGCCGCGAAUCCGGACUGUUUCGUUGACGUGCCGAAAAAAGCGGCAACAUGACAAAAAAAUUCGAAUUCAAUUGGCAAGUCGAAGUGCCGGAAUUGUUGAGAAACGGCUCGACGUUCGACCGAUGGUUCGAAGACAAGGAAACGACGGAAUAUGAACCGAAUUGCUUAUUUAAAGUUGAUGAAUAUGGAUUUUUUAUCUACUGGAAAAGCGAUGGCAAGGACGGUGACGUAAUAGAGUUAGCUCAAGUAAGUGAUAUUCGUUACGGGGGCACACCAAAGGAUCCUAAAUUAUGCAAUAAAAUAAGUAAACAUGGGUCCAUGGAUGAUAUAGAUCAAAAAAGUUUGACUAUAUGCUCGGGUAUUGAUUACACUAAUAUUCACUAUCAGCACGUUGUCUGUGCAGACGCACAAACAGCUAAGGAUUGGCAAGCCGGUUUGCGAUUAAUUACGCAUAACACGAAAGCUUCGAAUGUUUGCCCGACUAUACAGCUAAUGAAACAUUGGAUGAGACUGAGCUUUCAAGUGGAUCCUAAAGGAAAAGUACCGGUGAAAGUUAUUUCAAAAACAUUCGCCUCUGGGAAAACGGAGAAACUCGUUUAUCAAGGGUUGGCGGACUUGGGCUUGCCAAGUGGAAAAAGCGACAAAAUUGAACCUAAAGACUUUACGUUCGACAAAUUUAAAACCUUAUACUUUAAAAUUUGCCCUCGUAACGAUAUUGAAGAAUUAUUCCAAUCGAUAACAAAAGGAAAAUCAGACACGAUUAACUUGGGUCAAUUAGUACAAUUUAUGAACGAGAAGCAGAGGGAUCCUCGUCUCAACGAAAUUUUGUACCCUCUUUAUGAUGAGAAACGAUGUACGGAAAUAAUCAAUGACUACGAGCAAGAUGAUAAAGCAAAAAACGCAAAGUCUUUAACCAAGGAGGGCUUCAUUCGUUAUUUAAUGUCAGACGAAAAUGCACCAGUGUUUUUGGAUAAAUUGGACGAAUGGAUGGACAUGGACCAACCCCUUGCGCAUUAUUACAUUAAUUCCAGUCACAAUACCUACCUAAGCGGCAGGCAAAUCGGUGGUAAAAGUACCGUUGAGAUGUAUAGACAAGUGUUACUAGCAGGCUGCAGAUGUGUAGAACUCGACUGUUGGGAUGGAAAAGGAGAAGACGAAGAACCCAUAAUAACUCACGGGAAAGCCAUGUGUACUGAUAUCCUUUUCAAAGACGUGAUAUACGCCCUGAGGGACACUGCUUUCGUUACCUCAGAGUAUCCUAUAAUUUUGAGCUUUGAAAAUCACUGCUGUCUGAAACAGCAAUAUAAAUUAGCCAAGUACUGUGACGAAAUAUUAGGCGAUUUACUGCUGAAAGAGCCUUUGAAAGAUUAUCCGCUUGAACCCGGACAUCCACUUCCACCGCCGAGCGCGCUGAAACGAAAGAUAUUAAUCAAGAAUAAGAGACUGAAGCCAGAGGUGGAGAAGGUAGAGCUUGAGUUAUUCCGCUCCGGGCAAUUCGAAGCGAAAGACGAAGUGGUUGAGGAUCCAAAUGCACCUCCUGCACCACCGGAACCACCUAAGGAAGAGGCACCUCCGGAAGCACCACCCGAAGGCGCUGCACCAGGUGAACCAGGUGCUGAAGGAGAAGCACCUCCAAUUCAAUACACCGGCAGUACAAUGGCCUGCCAUCCUUGGCUUUCCUCGAUGAUUAAUUAUGCACAGCCAAUAAAAUUUCAAAGCUUUGAAACUGCAGAAAAAAAGAAUAUACAUCACAAUAUGUCCUCGUUUUCGGAGACUGCGGCGCUCAAUUAUCUGAAAACGAACGCCGUGGAAUUCGUGAACUACAACAAGCGUCAAAUGAGUCGAAUUUAUCCGAAAGGUACAAGGGCCGAUUCGUCGAAUUACAUGCCACAGGUCUUCUGGAACGCAGGCUGUCAGAUGGUGGCGUUGAACUUUCAAACACCUGACUUGCCUAUGCAACUAAAUCAGGGAAAGUUCGAGUACAAUGCAACAACUGGAUAUUUAUUGAAACCUGAUUUCAUGAGAAGACCAGAUAAGAUCUUCGAUCCGUUCUCUGAGGACGUAGACGGUGUUAUUACUGCCCAAUGUUCAGUACAAGUGAUAGCAGGACAAUUCUUAUCUGACAAAAAAGUCGGCACCUACGUCGAAGUGGAUAUGUACGGUUUGCCAGCAGACACAAUCAAGAAAGAAUUUAGGACACGAAUGGUUCCCGGAAACGGUUUGAAUCCAGUUUACAAUGAAGAGCCGUUCCUAUUCCGAAAAGUUGUGCUUCCAGACUUGGCUGUGCUUAGAUUUGGCGUAUACGAAGAGAGUGGAAAAUUGUUAGGUCAACGUAUUUUGCCGCUGGACGGUCUUCAAGCUGGAUAUAGACAUAUUUCACUGAAAACUGAGGCGAAUUUUCCUAUGGCGUUGCCUAUGUUGUUCUGUAACAUUGAACUGAAGAUUUACGUACCCGAUGGAUUCGAAGACUUCAUGGCUGCCUUAUCUGAUCCCGGUGCAUUCAGCAAAGGAGCGGAAAAACAAGCUGAGACUAUGAAAGGACUUGGAAUCGAGCAGACCGAUGCGAAGGCUGAGGCGAAGAAGAAGGAAGAGGAGAAAGCCAAAAAGGAGGAGUACAAACCAGAACCAAUUACGAUAGACUUGCUAAGAAAAGAGAAAUCCUUCAAAAUGGGAAAGAAACACCUGAAAGAAGUGGAUACAAUGAGGAAAAAGCAUUUGAAAGAGCGUCAGACGAUGCAGAAAAAUCAUUGCAGCGCCAUUGAUAAAUUGAUGAAGGGAAAGGACAAAAGUGCGCUGAUCCAGGACGCCAAUGUGAAAAAAGUGAUAAGCGAGCAAACCACGCAAUGGUCGGCCAUGGUGGAACGGCAACGGAAAGAAGAAUGGGAAUUGUUGAGAACUCAGACAGAAACUGCUCGAGAGGAAUUUAAAAAAUUAAUCGAAGUUGUACAGGCCUCGCAGGUUAAACAAUUGCAAGCGAAACAUGACAAAGAUAUGAAGGACAUGAAUUCGAAUCAAGCGAAAAUAUCCGUGGAAACAGCUAAAGAAGUAAUGAACGAUAAAGCAUUGAAGACAAAGGGAGAUAAAGAUCGUAGACUGCGUGAGAAAAAAGAGCAAAAUACGAAGAAGUUCAUGCAAGAAAGGAAAACCGUUCAGAUCAAGCAAGGACGCGAGAAAGAAAAGUUACAAAAAAGUCACGAGAAACAAGUAGCAGAAUUAGACGGCGAGAUUACUGCGACUAUUGAAAUGUACAAGAACGAAGCAAUUCAUUGGGAUCUGUCGUCUAAAGCAGAAUUCUUCGUGUAA